UCUUCCCUGAGGCAGCAGCCUUUGGAGACUGAGGUGAUGCAUCUCAGCAGCUCCAAGAGCAGAGUAGUCCUGGCUCCAGUGUCCCGAGGUCCUGAUGCCUGUCAGAUGACAACCAGAGCCCAGCUUGGCCAGGAUCCUCCACAAAGAACAGUGCUAGGGGUGCUAACUGAGAAUGCGCAGUACAGGAAGACCUGUGACCAGGGGAUCACAACAGUCAGGUGUUUCUCUGGAUCAGAAAAUGUCUUCCCUCAAGCUGGAAAGAAAGCACUCUCUGACUGUGGGUUCCACAUGCCAGCCAAGCAAGGAUUUGAUAUCUACAUGGACGAGCCUGAGCAAGAGGACAAAAACAGCUGCACUGGGAAAGACAGGAUGACAUUUGAGGAUGUGUAUGAAGUAGACACCAGCACACUCAAGUCAGACCUACACUUCCUGCUGGAUUUUAGCACAGUUUCCCCUAUGCUGGUAGAUUCAUCUCUUCAUUCUCAGUCUGAAGAUGCAUCAGAUUUUGGUACAGACAUAAAUGUGGCUGAAUAUGCUGAAGAAAUUCAUCAGUACCUUAGAGAAGCUGAAAUAAGAUACAGGCCCAAAGCAUACUACAUGAGGAAACAACCAGACAUCACAGAAGGCAUGAGAAGGAUUCUGGUGGACUGGCUGGUUGAGGUUGGAGAAGAAUAUAAGCUUCAAGCUGAGACUCUCUACCUGGCCGUCAACUUUCUAGACAGGUUUCUUUCGUGCAUGUCUGUUUUGAGAGGGAAAUUGCAGCUUGUAGGAACAGCAGCUAUUCUUCUGGCUUCGAAAUAUGAAGAAAUAUAUCCACCUGAAGUAGACGAGUUUGUCUAUAUAACUGAUGAUACUUACACAAAACGACAACUGUUAAGAAUGGAACACCUACUCCUGAAAGUCCUAGCUUUUGAUCUGACAGUGCCAACUACCAACCAGUUUCUCCUUCAGUACUUGAGGAAACAAGGAGUGUGCAUCAGAACUGAGAACCUGGCCAAGUACGUAGCAGAACUGAGUCUACUUGAAGCUGACCCAUUCUUGAAAUAUCUUCCUUCAUUGAUAGCUGCAGCAGCUUAUUGCCUGGCAAACUAUACUGUGAACAGGCACUUCUGGCCAGAAACCCUUGCUGCAUUUACAGGCUAUUCAUUAAGUGAAAUUGUGCCUUGCCUGAGUGAGCUACAUAAAGCAUGCCUUGAUAUACCCCAUCGACCUCAGCAAGCAAUUAGGGAGAAGUAUAAGAUUUCAAAGUACAUGCAUGUGUCUCUUAUGGAACCACCUGCAGUUCUUCCUCUACAAUAAGUUUCAGAAAUGAAGCACUUUCAGAACUUAACCUCCAGAUCAACAGAACUGCUCCUAAUUUUUAUAGGUUUCUGCAGGUUGAAUCAACUAGUGUUUGUACAAUAUAGAUGACAUAUUUUUAAAAAUAUGAAUGUAUUUAGGUUCUCUUAGAUUUAGUAGCUUGUAGAAUAGUUUUAACAUUUAAAAAAGAAUAAAUAACUUGCUUUAUG